GUAGGUUUCAUUCUCGGAAAGACUGUGAGAGAGAGGAAGUGUCCAUGGCCUCUGGGGCCCGCUAUGCCGGGAAGGUGGUGGUCGUGACGGGGGCCGCGCGCGGCAUUGGAGCUGGGAUUGCGCGGGCCUUCGCGGACAGCGGGGCACAAGUGGUUAUCUGUGACAAGGACGAGCGGAGCGGCCGCGCCCUGGAGCAGGAGCUCCGUGGAGCUGUCUUUAUCCGCUGUGACGUGACUCUGGAGGAGGAUGUGAGGAGCCUGCUCUCCGACACCGUCCGCAGGUUCGGCCGCCUGGACUGCGUGGUCAACAACGCCGGCUCCCACCCUCCCCUGCAGCCAUUCGAGGAGACCACGGCCCAGGGCUUCCGGGAGCUGCUGGAGCUGAACCUGCUGGGGACGUACACCUUGUGCAAGCUCGCCCUCCCCCACCUGCGGAAGAGCCGAGGAAACAUCAUCAACAUCUCCAGCCUGGUGGGGGCGGUUGGCCAGCUCCAGGGGGUUCCGUACGCAGCCACCAAGGGCGCAGUGACGGCCCUGACCAAAGCCUUGGCCCUGGAUGAGAGUCAAUAUGGCGUCCGGGUCAACUGCAUCUCCCCAGGAAACAUCUGGACCCCACUGUGGCAGGAGCUGGCAGCCCUGGCGCCAGACCCCAGGGCCGCAAUCCGAGAGGGCGCCAUGGCCCAGCCCCUGGGCCGCAUGGGCCAGCCCGCGGAGGUGGGGGCGGCGGCUGUGUUCCUGGCGUCGGAAGCCAGCUUCUGCACGGGCCUCGAGCUGUUCGUGACGGGGGGCGCCGAGCUGGGGUCUGGAUGCAAGGCCGGCCCCAGCACCCCGGUGGAAGUCCCGGAUCUGCCUUCCUGAAUUUCCGCACUUCCACCCCAAACCUGCACCCCGAACCUCCUCGGGCCUCACGCCCACCUUGGGAUGCGCGAGGCCCACCCCGCCGGUGCCCACGAACACCGAACAUUCUGCAGCCA